AUGGAUAAAAUCAUCAAGAUAGGGGUCAGGCCAAGCCCAGUCCCGCUUCCUAACUCGGAGCAGUUCUACCUGAAAAGCGAACAGGGCGAAACGUACCUUAUCCAAAUAUCUUGGCCACUGCAUUGGCAAGAUAACCAGACUGAUCGUGGGGCCCUUCCUAUCAUCUACAUUGUUGAUGGGAAUUCAUUGUUCCUGACUGCGACCGAGGCUGCAUGGCGUCGUGCAGCCUCGUCACAUUACGCUGGCGGAGGCAUCAUUGUCGCUAUCGGAUACCCCUUAAAUGGAAAGCUCUAUGAUGCACGACGACGCAGUUUCGAUCUGACUCCGCCCACGGCGUCCAAAAUUCCGGGAUAUGGAGGUGCAGAUAUGUUCCUUGACUUCAUUGAGAAUUCGGUUCGGCCUGCGGUGAAGGCCCGGCUUCCACGGAUGUCUCUCUCCAGAGAAGCGCUCUGUGGCCAUUCAUAUGGGGGCUUGCUCGCCCUCCAUGCAUUAUUUACACGCCCACGUUCAUUCGAUUGCUACAUGGCUAGCAGCCCCUCGAUCUGGUGGAAUAGUUUAUGCAUCUUGCACGAGGCAAGGGCCUUUUUGGAAAAUGAGAAGGCUUCAGAUGACAAAUCCCCGUCGUUGAUGGUUUCCUGGGGCUCCUUGGAGCAAAACCCACCGCAAUGGGCUAACGAGGCGCCUGAUCACUAUGAAGCAAGAAGACAGAUCGCAACAGAUUUGAGAAUGGCGGACAAUGCUCUGGAUCUGUGUGGGAUAUUGCGAGGACGCAACCAGCUACAUACUGUGAUAAAAAAUGAGUAUGAGGGGGAGGACCACACGAGUGUGAUGUCGUGCUCGUUGAGUCGAAGCCUGACCAUGUUCUUCGAGGACUGGCCUUUUCCCCGGCCAUAG